UUCCCUUACAGCCAAAUGAAGCAAAUUGCUGGCAAGUUCGCCGGCUGCAAGACCCCGCGCAAGCAGCUGGCCACCAAGGCUGCCUGCAACAGCGAGCCGGCCACCGGCGGCGUGAGAAAGCUGCACCGCUACCUGCCCGGCACCGUGGCGCUGCGCGAGAUCCGCCGCUACCAGAAGUCUACCGAGCUGCUGAUCCGCAAGUUGCCGUUCCAGCGCCUGGUGCACGAGAUCGAGCAGGACUUCAAGACCGCCCUACCCUUUCAGAGCUCCGCUUUCUUGGCGCUGAUAGGACUUUGGGUCGAAUGUGCCCCAGAUAGAAAAUAUAUGACAAGAACCGCACCUGUUUACGUGCAAAUCAGAUGACAGGUCCUUGUAACCAUUUAUUUUAACACAGUGAAAUCAUAAGUCAAAAAAUAUAAAAUGAAGAGGUACCAAGAGUUUCCCUCACUGAAUGAAAUAAAAUGUUCUCAUAGACUGAAAGAUCACUUAACAAAUUAUGGCUUUUGUAAACAAUUUAACAAAGAAAUGUUAGGAUGAGAUUGUUGAAUUUGAGAAAAACAUACUGAAAAAAAGGCCAUCAGUCUUUGGAGUCACAGCUGUUCCGAAGAAUACAAAUUUUGUGUAUGGCUACAAGAAGUAAACAGAAAAGUUAACAAGAAACUUCACUAAGUUUGAUACCUUAAAUCAACAGUAAAUAGUGCAAUGCAGAAAGCAUAUUUUAUGACAAAUUUUGGAUACAAAGUAGUUUAAAAAUCAGUUUUGAAUGCUUUCCCUUAAAAAUACACUUUUGAAGAGAAAAAUAUGCAUUGACUAUGUAGUACUUGCUAUCUACUGACUGCCUUGAAAAAUUCAAGUAUUGUUUUCUAACUGCCCACCUUUUCCAUUAUGAGUAAUGGUGUGUUUGACAAGCCUUCCCUAGCUUCCUAGUGUGACUUGUUUUUAUAUAAUGCUUCAAUCUAUCUCGAGUUGAACUGGUACCAAAGUUUAAAGGCAAAAGCCCAAGCUCUAAAGAACUCAAGAAACCAGGCUCUACCACGAUUGCCAAAAUGUCUUUAAAGAGAUGAGCAGUGGUGAAUGGGAGGAGUCUUAAUCAGUGUGGUUAUGCUGGGAAGGACAAAUAAAGACAUUCACUAUUGGUAUUUCAAGGUCUGACCAAAAGUACGAGGUUUUAUAGGAAAGGAGAUUUUAAUGGCAAGGUUUAUAGCUUUGCAUAGCUGUGAAGUAUGCAUACCUUGCAGCAUAAGUGAUCCUAGUCAAGUCGUAGUCUUGGUGACCAUUACCUGAGGACUGUUUCUUCCGGGUUGUUCCAGAGGAGACUUCAUGGCUUUGUGGCUUGUCUGCUUCUGUUUAGGGGCACUACCUCAUCAUUGGAUAUUCUACAAGGCUCUGCUUUUCAUAGAAUCUAAAGGGCCUGUAGGUUUAGGACAGUAACUAGAGAUUUCUAGGUGUUGCUCCAUAGAACAAGACUGCAAAAAUUGACAAUCUGUAACCUCAAUCCUGAAGGGAGAUGACAUAAAUUAAUUUAGGGAUUAUAAACCUUGGAUUCCCAGUUUUUAGACAUAUGUACCUGUAAUUUACAUGAUCACAUAGAGAAGUGAACAACCCUCUGACUCAAAGUUUGAAGAUAAUGAAA